AGCUAUCAAUCAAGUCAUCAAUCCCAGCUGCAGCGCAGCCAAGCUGACUUUAUAGUGGACCUUCCUCCACAUGACUUCUUUUAUUUGACAUGCCGGUCCUUAGGGGGGAGCCUGCUCACCAUUCUUGGGCUUCAAAUGAGGUGAAUGACGACAUGGUGGACUUGUACAAGAAACGCUUCUGCCAUAAGACAAUUGCUGCUUUCUCCAGCGAGGAGGACCAAGAGGACGAUGCACAAGAUGAGACGCAUUUAUUUUGAUUUGCUGGAGGAGGAGGAACAGGAGGAAGAGAACCCAGAAGAUGAAGAUAAACCAGAUCCGAGCACGCUGACCGAUGACGACCUUAAAGCUGCAUUACUUGUGCAUGGCGUCAAAGCCGGGCCCAUAGUGGGCACCACCAGGUCCUUGUAUGAGAGGAAGCUCAGGAGGCUCCAGGCUGGCAGACAGGAGCCCUCCAAGACCGAGAUAAUUCUGCUGUGUUCUGACAGUGAGGAGGACAAUGAAGCAGGUUGCAAUGGACCAGAAGAACAAGAAAGCAGCCAGAAUGGACGUUAUGGUUACCCACAAUGCUUUUUGCCUUCAUCAAAACUGUGUCCUGUAACUUAUGUCUCCCGGCAUUCUGAAGCUAAGCAGUCUGUGGGGAAGGUUACCAAAUCCUCAAUGCCAAGUGUUCCCACUGCCAAUGGAAUGAACGCAGCAUCAACUUCACAUCAACGCUCCGGAUUAGAAACAAAGGUUGUGGCUGAAUCCAUCCAGACUUCUACCUUACCAAGCAGGAAGUUCAGCAUCAUUCAAAUGGUUGAAGAGAUGGAGAGUCGGAAGUCUGAUGUGAAUGAGAGUGAAGUUCAUGAGCAUCGGUCUCCAGCCAAUAGCUCGGACACGAUGUCAGCGAUGGAUGAGAGGAGGCGGUCCCAAUACUACACUCCAAUGGUGUCCCCUUAUAAAAGGAAAGAAAAGGACCCAGUCAACGAUGCUUUCAAGGACAUUAAGACCACACCCAUAGUGAUCAACGCCACCUGUCGUCGGCCCAUCAAGGGUGCAGCAAGGAGGCCCAUCCGGUUCACCUACCCUCAAACCCCAGUCAGCCCCACCACUCAGGAGAGAAGGGAAGUGCAACGCCGCUUGGUACCCAUGCAGAUCCAAUUUGCGGUGUUUAUCUUCAUCGCCGUGCUGCUUUUUAUUGUUGAUGACGGGCCUCUGACUCCAACCUUGGCACGGAUAUAUAAAUUGAUGCUAAACUUUGGUAGCGAGGGGGCAUCAGCAGUCUCGGGACAGGACUAAAUGGUUUGUCUUUACACUUCUGAGCAUACUUACACUAUAUUGUGGGGUAUAUAGCACAAUUCUAUUUUUUAGGUUUAUGUAUUUGGUGAAAGUAUUUUUAAGUCCAGUUAUAUUGCUUGUGUAUUUUUGUCUUUUUUU